AAUUCCGGUCUUCCUGUUCGGAGCAGCGGAUAAACUCUGCAAGGAAUGAAUGUGAAAGAUAAAGCGUCAGUGGUCUCGGAUCCAUCUGCUUGUGAAGAUGCCUCAGCUGGCAGAUCAGGCAGUGCGAAGGACUGCCCUGGCCGGGGUCCUUCCUUGGUCCCGUCGCACAGUGGGUGUAUGAGGUCCCCGGUGGAGAGAGAUGUGCGCCUGGAGGUGCCGGUGACAGCUGGAGGAGAGAUGGAGACAGGAGGAGGAGUGCUGGGGCCCGGGGGGCUGAGGCUGCUGGCCUGCUUCCUGGGGGUGUUCGUCUGCUACUUCUACUAUGGCAUCCUACAGGAGACCAUAACGCGGGGGACGUACGGAGAAGGAGAGAACAAGGACAAGUUCCGCUUUGCACUUUCUCUGGUUUUUGUCCAGUGUGUUAUCAAUGCCAUCUUUGCCCGACUANUGAUCGGAUUCUUUGAGACAAAGGGAAAAGCAGACCGCACACAGAGCUGGCUCUAUGCGGCUUGUUCACUGUCUUAUGUAGGGGCCAUGGUAUCCAGUAAUUCAGCACUCCUGUAUGUCAACUACCCCACGCAGGUGUUGGGGAAGUCAUGCAAACCUAUUCCAGUUAUGCUCCUCGGUGUUACCAUCCUCAGAAAGAAGUACCCCCUGACCAAGUACCUAUGUGUCCUCCUCAUUGUAGCGGGUGUAGCCCUGUUCAUGUACAAACCCAAGAAUUCCGGCCCCUCUGACCACGUGUUUGGCUACGGGGAAUUAUUACUGUUGCUGUCUCUGACCCUGGAUGGCCUUACAGGAGUGUCUCAGGAUCACAUGCGAGCAAAUUUUCAGACCGGCUCCAACCAAAUGAUGCUUCAUAUCAACCUCUGGUCAAGCUUUUUCCUAGGAGCAGGUAUUUUUUUUACUGGAGAAAUCUGGGAAUUCCUGAGCUUCACAGAACGUUACCCUUAUAUCAUCUACAACAUUCUGCUCUUCAGUCUAACCAGCGCCCUGGGACAGACCUUCAUAUUUAUGACCGUGGUGUACUUCGGCCCCCUGACAUGUUCUAUCAUCACAACCACGCGGAAGUUCUUCACCAUCUUGGCUUCGGUACUGAUCUUCUCCAACCCCAUCAGUAGCUUGCAGUGGGUUGGGACUUUCCUGGUGUUUUUAGGUCUAGGACUGGAUGCCAAAUUUGGCAAAGGAUCCAAAAAGCCGUCCCACUGAUAUCCUUCACCGGGAGCCGUCACAUGUCGUAUUCAGACCUCAUUCACUCUAUCAGCUAUCUAAUUAUAUUGUAACUUUUUUUUUUUUACUAGAAAUUUGUAACAUUGACUCAUAUUUUAUUGAUGAUGGAAGGGAGAAGAUUUUAUUGGAGUACGAGGGUGUAUUAAAAGACAGACAGGAUGGA